AUGGACAACAAGGCCGCACGCUUCGUUCUGCCUAUCAAUAAAGAAGCGCUUCCGCGCGGCUUUUCCGUGUCCGCGACGUACGGCGGAAUAAAAGCUGCGAUAUCGCCCAAGCUGACCGCGCCCUCUUCAACUUCGAGCCCAUCUGCGCCGCCACUCGAUCCGAAACCUGACGUAGCGCUGAUCGUCUCUGCUGUCCCGGCGUCUGCAGCAGGCACAUUCACGCAGAAUGCAUUCAAAGCGGCACCGGUACUCUUUUCCUCUGCUGUGCUUUCCAACCCGAGCAACAAGGGCAAGGUACGCAGCGUUCUCGUCAACUCGGGCUGUGCGAACGCGGUCACUGGCGACCAGGGGUAUCGGGAUGCGCAACAGUGCGCGAAUAUGGUGCAGCAGCUCCUCUCUCCCGCUCCGGGGCUGAAAAGCAGCGCUGAAAAGGGGGAAACGGAAGCCAAGUCCGCCGACGAUACGCUCGUCCUCUCGACGGGUGUCAUCGGCGUGCCAUUGCCUAUGCCUGUCUUCAAGAAGACACUUCCCUUUCUUGCAUCAGGCCAGAUUCUGCGGAACGACGAAGAGGCCUGGUACCAAGUCGCGCGUGCCUUCAUGACGACCGAUACGUUCCCGAAAUUGCGAACUCGGACGUUCCAGCUCGCCGGGAUGGAAUGCAAGAUGGUCGGGAUCGACAAAGGCGCGGGCAUGAUCCAUCCCGCCAUGUCUGGGCCCUCAGGACUGCACGCAACUCUGCUCGGCCUGAUCGCUACCGAUGCACCCAUCGAAGCUGCCUCGCUGCAGCAGGCCCUCGAACACGCAGUGUCGCGUUCGUUCAACUGCAUCAGCGUAGAUGGGGAUAUGAGCACGAACGAUACGAUUCUCAUUCUUGCAAACGGUCAAGCAGUCAAUCAGUCUUCCUCCUCCUCUUCCACGGCGCAAUUAUCGCCCAGCGAAGAGAUCUCAGCGCUAUCGCACCCACAAGAAUUCGCACACUUCCAAUCCGAGCUGACAGCCUUCUGCACCGAGCUUAGUCAUUUGAUCGUGCGCGACGGUGAGGGGGCUACUAAGUUCGUCUCAAUCAAUGUACGUGGCGCGCCAACCUACGCGCACGCGCAUGCCAUCGCCAGCUCCAUCUCCACCAGCGCGUUGGUCAAGUGCGCACUGCACGGCGCCGACGCGAAUUGGGGCCGCGUGCUCUGCGCAGUAGGCUAUGCCAAGUUGCCGCCGUUCACUGGUGCGACACAGCAAGGCAGCAGCGAGGCAUGGGCGAUUGACCCCACGCGCGUGACAGUCUCUUUCGAACUUCCGCCGACCCUCUCCUCCUCUGAAGCACGCACAGCGGACGUACAGCCACUGACCGUUCUUGAGAACGGGACGCCGCAAGAGGUCGACGAAGAUGCUGCUGCGCGCUUGCUCAGCCUGGAGGACAUUAGCAUCGUCGUCGAUCUGCAGGGCGGAAGCUGGGGCCAACAGCAAGGCGUGCGCGAAGAGGCUACAUACUGGACUUGUGAUUUUAGCAAGGAGUACAUUGCAAUCAAUGGUGAUUACAGGUCGUGA